AUGACCACUAAGCGCGCUUACAAGCUCCAGGAAUUUGUGGCACAUUCUGCUGCUGUAAACUGUCUUAAGAUCGGGAGGAAGACAUCGAGGGUUCUUGUAACAGGUGGGGAAGAUCACAAGGUUAAUCUAUGGGCUAUCGGUAAGCCCAAUGCCACUCUGAGCUUGUAUGGGCACUCGAGCGGGAUUGAUUCAGUAACGUUUGAUGAUUCGGAACGCUUAGUAGCCGCAGGAGCUGCUAGUGGUACGAUCAAACUUUGGGAUCUGGAGGAGGCAAAGAUUGUCAGGACUCUCACUGGUCACAGGUCGAAUUGCAUAUCCGUGAAUUUUCACCCGUUUGGUGAGUUUUUUGCUUCUGGUUCUCGAGACACAAAUCUUAAGAUAUGGGAUAUAAGAAAGAAGGGCUGCAUCCAUACUUACAAGGGUCACACUCGAGGGGUCACAGUACUCAGAUUCACCCCAGAUGGUCGUUGGGUUGUAUCUGGAGGAGAAGACAAUGUUGUGAAGGUAUGGGAUUUGACAGCUGGAAAACUGUUGCAUGAGUUUAAGAGUCAUGAAGGGCAGAUUCAGAGUCUAGAUUUUCAUCCACAUGAAUUUCUACUGGCAACAGGUUCAGCUGAUAAGACUGUAAAAUUCUGGGAUCUUGAAACAUUCGAGCUUAUUGGUUCUGGUGCAACUGAGACAACUGGGGUCCGUUGCCUGGCCUUCAAUCCAGACGGAAAGAGUGUGCUUUGUGGAUUGCAAGAAAGUGUCAAGAUUUUCUCAUGGGAGCCAAUAAGAUGUCAUGAUGGAGUGGAUGUUGGAUGGUCAAACUUGUCGGAUAUGAAUGUUCACGAGGGAAAGCUUCUUGGUUGCUCAUACAAUCAAAAUUGCGUUGGCGUGUGGGUUGUAGACCUCUCGCGCACUGAGCCUAUGAGUGGAGGUGCCACUCAGUCAAAUUUUCAUCCAGAGAACACACCGGGCUCAGGCAGAGAUCCAGCAGUUUUGAACGAUAACAGCUCAAAGGUUAUUCUCGGAAAGUUGCCUGGUUCCCAGAAAGUGGACCCUUUAUUAAAGGAAACAAAGCCUCUUGGAAGAUUAUCAAUUUCUCAAAGCUCGGAUCCUUUGGCAAAGGAAACAAAGCCUACUGGAAGGUCAUCAGUAUCUCAAAGUUCAGAUUCUUUGGUAAAGGAACCAAAGUCUUUCGGAAGGUUGUCAGUUACUCAUAGCUCAGACGCAGUUAAAGAAUCAAGAACCUUGUCAUCCACAGGAAGUAUAUCAGAUUCUCCUCAUAGGGUCACUUUAGCCAGUGCUCCGAAAAUUGCUUCUGAUGCUCCUACGGUUGUCCCUACUGCUGCAGCCUCAAAGAGAAAUUUCGCAAGAGCUAAUCCAAAGGCGAAUCCUCCAGUAGUCAAUAAAGGGGAUGUUUUUCCAGUAAUCAUCCCCAGAACGGACCCAAUAUUUGAGCCGGUAGCUGAAUCCAGAGCAGAACUUGACAUUAUUGGAAGAACUAUGCCAUAUUCGCUGCAGUCAAAGGCGGCUGAUUCUCGAAGGCUGUCGAGCAGCAGAAAUGAGCCUGAUCUACCAACCAGUUCGCUUCUUGAAAGGUCUGGGUCUCAGUCUAUAGAACCAAGCAAUUUACAAGAUGGAAAUAUAUAUCCUAGUGACGAAGGUGGCACAUGGGAUACAGCUGAGAGAAAAAAUAAAGAUAACAGAUACAGGGGAUUUGGAAGGUUAAAUGCAAGAUCUUUUGUGGGAUCACCUCAAAGCAAUCAUGACGAAAACUCUGACUUGAUUAGCUAUAAUGCAAACAGAGAUCGAAGUCCUACUGAAAGUCCAAAAGGAGGAAGACUGCAUUCCCUCGCUCUAAAUAGGGAAAGAAGAGGAAGAUUUUCCAACUUUGAGGGUCCUGUUUCGAGCUUUUCCGGUGGAAACGCAAACAUUCGCCCAUCCCAUAUGCUCAAGCAGAGAGGAAACCAUGCGUCAGUUGAUCAAGGAACCACUUCUGCUAGUGAGGAAGAUGUAGCUGCAGACAUAUUGGAGCAGCACGAUCAAUUUGUCAGCUCUAUGCAUUCUCGUUUUGCUAAGUUACAGGUAGUCCGCAGAUAUUGGGAAAGAAAUGAUAUUAAAAACUCGAUAAGUUCAAUAGAGAAGAUGGCUGAUAAUGCUGUCGUUGCGGAUGUGCUGGUUAUAGUAACUGAGAGAGCUGAGAUUUUGACACUGGAUACUUGUACUUCUCUUCUUCCCCUUAUGUCAGCUCUUCUAGGGAGCAACAUGGAUAGACAUUUGAGUGUUUGCCUAGAUCUGCUGCUUAAGCUGGUAAGAAUGUAUGGGUCACAAAUUUACUCAUCGCUGUCCGCUCCAUCAUCUGUUGGUGUAGAUAUUGAGGCUGAGCUAAGGAUGGAGCGAUAUAGUCGCUGCUUUGUCGAACUUGAGAAAAUCAAGGCUUGUCUUCCCUCUCUAGCCAGAAGAGGAGGAUUGGUGGCUAAGACUAUCCAUGAAGUUAAUUUAACAUUCCAAGAAGUCUCGUCGUGA